CUUGUCUGGACGAGUAGAGAGUAGAGUAUGGCGAGCAGUGGACGGCAUGGGCAGUCUGAGCUCCUUGUGUCUGGCAUCUUUGACCAGUGCUAUGCCAAGGCCAUGACCUAUGGCGCGGGUGGUGGCCUGGCUGGCCUCACCUCUGCCGUCCUCUUCAUCAAGAACUCGAAUGCUGUCCGCAUGGCGGUGGUGGGCAUGGGCGUCGGCGUCGGCCUCGGCAUUGCCGUCGCCCAGUGCUCCCAGGCCCUCAAGACGCCUGUCAUUACAGAGAAGGUCGCCCACGGGACAGCAAACGAGUAGGAGUAAACAUGAUGGUUAGCUG